GGCCUCAGAACUCAGCUCGCUGUUUGGCUGAACUUCACCUAGGGUACAGGGGCGUAACUUUCCGGUGGGAAAAGGAAAUCAUUUUGUAUGCAAAACUCAGGAAACAAAACCUUAGCCACCCGCAGCUGAGUCACUUCAGGAAGCUUUUCUCCCGCCUUUAGUGGAGUGCAGCACCCUUGCUUUCUCAGAGGGGUCUGGAGAGCAGCGACGCUGCGGGUUCCAGGAUUUGCUGCUUAACAACGAAUACCGGAUGCACAGGAAAGAAAGGAACAGCAGGAGAAGGCAGAGUGGAAUAGCUCACCAGCUGCCCACUCAGGCUGUCUGAGGGUGGCCCUCUCCUUUGCUUCAUAUCUGAGGACGGAUCCUGAGUCAGCUUGUUUUAGAAAUUGUGCACGCCAAUGGAGGCUCCCCGCCCAGGAAGACACAUGCCAGCUGGGCAUGUCCCUCAGUAUCCACCAGCAGCAUUCCAAGGACCUUCGGCACAUACUGGACGGCCUACAGCACUCCAGACUGGCUACCAAGGUCCCCAGUCUGCUUAUCCCGGGCCUCAGCUUGGCUACACAGUCUCAACAGCUGGCAGUGAAGGUUAUAAUGCAACCCAGCUUCCUACUCAAAAUAGCCAGGCUAUCAUCCUUGUUAAUACCCAGUGGAUGCCAGCACCGCCACCUCUUCAGAACUGCCCACCUGGGCUAGAAUACUUAAGUCAGAUAGAUCAGAUUCUGAUUCAUCAGCAAACUGAACUUCUGGAAGUAUUAACAGGCUUUGAAACAAAUAAUAAAUUUGAAAUUAAGAACAGCCUGGGGCAGAUGAUUUAUCUAGCGGUGGAAGAUACUGACUGUUGCACUCGGAACUGCUGUGAAGCAUCUCGACCUUUCACCUUGAGGAUCCUGGACAAUCUGGGUCAAGAGGUCAUGACUCUGGAGAGACCCCUGAGAUGCAGUAGCUGUUGCUUUCCCUGCUGUCUCCAGGAGAUAGAAAUCCAAGCUCCUCCUGGUGUGCCCAUAGGUUAUGUGACUCAGAACUGGCAUCCAUGUCUGCCAAAAUUGACUCUUCAAAAUGAGAAGAAGGAGGAUGUUCUAAAAGUCGUUGGUCCCUGUGUUGCAUGCACCUGCUGUACAGACAUUGACUUUCAGAUCAAAUCUCUUGAUGAAAAAUCCAGAAUCGGCAAGAUCUCCAAGCAGUGGUCGGGGUGUGUGAAAGAGGCCUUCACAGACUCAGAUAACUUUGGGAUCCAGUUCCCACUUGACCUUGAUGUGAAGAUGAAGGCUGUGACACUCGGAGCGUGUUUCCUCAUAGAUUACAUGUUUUUUGAAGGCUGUGAGUAGGAACAAAACUCAGUAGCAUGGUGGGAAGAAUGAAAGAAGACAGAGAAGAUCUGACAUCUGCAUGAUGAGACCAUGUAAAUGAGAAACAGAUGGCUUUAUUUUUCUUUAAUGUGUACAGUUGUGAUUCCGAAUGAUAGUUGAUUUUCUACAUGUUUGAAAUAGACAUGAGUGCAUAUCUUUAUACACACCUAAAAUAGUCUCUAAAUUCAUGAUAAAAAUAAAAAUAUAUUUAGAAAUAACAUUUUAUGGAAUAUUUCAUCGUAAUUGUAGUUUAUUUUUCAUCUUCUGUUAAAUUUAAACCUUGCAAGUAUUAAUUAUAAAGUCACACUUGAUUCUGUCAAAUCUUGUUAGCUUAUUUCUUACAAGAAAACUGAUAUUAUUUUGAAAAUAUAUAGUUUGAAAACUUUUUAAAGGUUACUAUUUUUGUUGGCUGGGAAAUAUUUCUCAAUAAAAUAAAUGCAAAUCAUAAAAAGUAACUUCUAUUUUCUUCUAUCUUUAGGAAAUAACAUUAAAUGCUCUUUUAUAAUUUCUAUUAUAAAAUUUCAUACUGAGAAGUCCACAACUUGCAAAUUUUAAAUGCUUUUUCAAUGACAUGAACAAUGACAUGUUUUCCUGCUAAGAAACUCUAUCUUUUAGGACUCACUCUCUUUACUACUUUACUGUUGGUAUACUGUUUGACAUUUAUAUUCAAUUAUUUAUCAAGAGACCCUACCAUGGAUUUGAACAGUGAACACUUUGAUCUUGGCUGUUCAAGUGAGGUUCAGUCCUCCCAGGUGACUCUAGUUUAUGUCAAAUUAGCCAUGACAACUAAUCAUGACAUCAGGGAGUUUUACCAAAAUUUGGGACUGUUCCUGUGGUAAAACUUAUUACCUGCAUCUUAAGUCUUUGUGCCUGGGUUGUAGGAGGAAUGUGGAAAAGUUUGAAAUUUGGGGCUAGAAAAAAAUCCAAAAAAUGCUGUUAGCAGUCUUGAACUGGCCAUUGUAGUGACUGUUUCAAUGACCAAAAGACAGUGAAAAAUUUGAACUCUUAAAGCCCAGUUUCAUGGAGGGACAUGAACACUUAAGAACAGAACUGGUGCAUUCUUGUUCUUUUCUGACAACAAGCCUGGCUUUACUUUGACCAUAUCCAGAGAACUUGAGUUAACCUGAAUUCAAAAGUAACCGCCUACCUUGUAGGCAAGAGGACAUUUCAAGGCGGGAUGUUGAGACUGUUUUUACAGUGAUUUCUCAUCACAAACAUUCAGCUCUUCUGUGAGAGAAAGCAAGAAGUUCAGUAAAAAGAAACAAUGGGCAGCUCUGUGAGGAAAAGGAUAUAAACAGAACUAUGAACAGCAAAGAACAGAGCAUUUACAAUUGUUAAAGACAUUGAGAUCAUCACCAACCAGCCUCCUCUGUACCAGGAGACUCGAGGGCAAGAGUCCUCCAAUCAAAGGCGUGUGAAAAUGGAAACUUCAGCAAAGGAGAGAGCCUGAACUGAGAAUACAGCUUGAGAGGAUAGGAAGUGGUCUCCUCUUCUCUCAAGUCACUGCCUUAAGAAAGAUUUCCAAUGCCGACACACAGAACUCGAUAAAGUUGUGUGGGCUUCAAGGAAGGGAAGGGAAGAGACUACGUUUCCUACUUGUAGCAGAAUUUGGCAGUGUCAUCCGUGUAUAGUUUUAAAGGCAUGAAAGCUAAACGAUUGCAGUAUAAUGGAAAGCCGCUCAGGCGAACAGUGUGGAACAAGUUCAGAGUGAUGGGCUGUGUCAUGGAGCUUAAAAUGUCAAGCUUAAGUUACUAGUGAAAAUCCCAGGAUAGUGAAGUUCUGGGAAAAUGGAAUGUGUACCGAGCAGGUACACUCUUCAGGUGUAGAAUGAAGCCAGUCCAGGCUGGAGGUGUGGAAGGCAGCGGAGCUAGAUGAUGAGGUCAUCCAAGCACUUUGGAAUUCACUUUAUUAUCCCAGAAGCCCCAGGUGCCAGACAUGAAGAUUUUAGGAUAGGUAAUUUGUUUUGGUUUUGUUCGGUAUGACUGUUCCUACUGUGGCUUUCACUUUGGGAACAGAAAUGCUUACUCUGCUACUGUGUGCUGAAAAUACGCAUCUCCCUUUUGGUUUCAUGAGAGCUGAAAGUUAAGAGAGUUUAGACUUUUAAAGGAUUGAAACUAUUAAUGACUGGGCUUUUUGCCGUACAAAGGCAUGUAUUAGGUAUUUUCACAUGGUUAUGAAUUUAUGGAGGUGUGAGGUUGUAGGGUUUGCAUUAAACUUGAUGUUUUUGAAUGCCCAGUUGGCAAAGGAUACCACUGUGACGGUUAAUGUUAAUUGUCAAUUGUCACAGAAUUUAGAAUCACUCGGGAAAUGGACUUACGCGUGCCUCCGUGGGAUUUUCUUAGCUAUGUUAAUUGAUGUCCAAAGCCUCGUCUUGACCGCGGCAGGACCAUGACCUCGUCAUGGAAGCCUGCACUGAGAAAAUGAGAGAAAUGAGCUGAGCAUUUGUGCCCUGCUUCUUGUCACACAUUCGAGUUAAUCGUCAACCUAUUUUCCAUGUCUGUGUGAUUUUAAAUGCCCCGAUUUGUGCCAAAAAGUAGUUUAAAAAUUUACCCAAGUUGGAAACCAACUAGAUCUGGAGCACUAAUACUUAAUUCCAUUUCUCUACUAAUAAAAAUGUGAUUUUUUAACCGUGGC